AUGUCGAUGCUGGCCAAAAUUGAGGCGACCAAAGCCGAAAUCAACCUGCGCAACCUGCAACGCCACGACCCAACCAUCGAACACAUCGUCUCGAGCACGUCCUAUGUCACGGUAUACUACAAUGACGGCGCCGAAUGGGUGCGUGCCCCUUCGUCAGAGCGCACCCGGGGCGGGAUCCUUUGUGGUGGAUCCGCCCGCGUCGCGAGCUGCAAGCUCCGCACCAUUCCUAGUCUGCUCGUAUUGACAACACGAAAAAAUAUGCGUGAUAUGCUUGGGUCCACAGAUCAAGACAGGUAUCGAAGGCCCCAUGUUCCUCUUCUCUCGGUCAGUCGCCACACGCCGUUUCAUGUCGAGCCGGGCAUCGUCUGAGCCGUCCAUGAACUAGUGCUGACCUCAAUCUUCUCUCACUUCUCGCAGAUCACAAGCCCCGCUGUAUGGGUUCUUCGUGCUGAACCGACAGGGCCUCCAGUACACGCGGGAGUUCCUGACCGAAGAGUCCGACGUCACCGUCGACGGCGAGUUCAUUCUUUACGAGCCCCGUCCUGAUGCUGGUACGUUGACUUGCCUUAAUCGGCAGAAAUUGUGACACCUGAGAUCCAGCUUCAAUGAACAGAUCGCGCUACGGGAAUCUGGGUCGCCGAGGAGAAGGAUCGGAUCGAGCUGUGCCGUAGGAUGGAGGAGUGAGCGCUUUCAUCUGGAGCGUUCAGUGCAGGUACACGGUCGAUUAAAGGUGCUGAUGCAGCCAUCUCACCACUGUAGGUUACGACUUCGAGCCAAAGCUCCUGCCGUGGCUGUGAGGGCCUCUCCGCUCGACUUUCUGUUUGCCUCCGUCGCACCCUCGAACUCGGCGAAUAACUCCACCCGUUCGCCAGCUGCCUCGCCCAAAGUCGCGCCUGCUGUUCUCCCAAAAGGAACCCCCUCGACCCUCAACAUGCUCUUUGCGUCCUCGGCGGCAUCGGCAGCGUCUCGAUCGCCUCCGAAACCGGCAUCGCCGCCAGCCUCCAGUCAGCCGCCCGUGUCGGGUAUCAAUCUGCUCGACACGCUGUUCAAGUCCGCAUUGGCUCCAGUGAGUGCUGUAAUGUCCGUUGAACUGGCCAUCUUGCUAACUUCGCUAUACCUUUCCCAUAUCGGUGUAUCUCUCUUCCUUGGCAGCCUGCCGCAACUCCUCCGACGACACAAGCAAAACCGCAGGACGCUGGGGAUCUUCUCGCGAUGCUGGGUCACUCUGCAAAGCCGUCCACGGCUACAAAGCCAGCUGGUAGUGACACCAAACCCAAAUCUCUUGCAGCGAUUCCCUCUAUCCUUACUGCCUCGUCCACCGACCCCUCGCCAGCGGUAGCGCCGGCACCCACCGCUCACGCUUCCGCUGCCGUGCCUUCUUCCUCGCCGACCGCACAAGCCGGGGCGCUUCCCACCAGGACCACGCCAGCUGCCGAGGCAUCUGCGACCUUGCCCAACCCGGCGAUUAAGUCCCUCUUCUCGGCUCCUCUGUUGAGCCACGACGUGUUUGCUAGUCUGCCCCCCAUCGGGUCGAGACCGAAGCAGAAGGCGGACAGCUCAGUCCCGAAGACCGAUCACGCUGAAGUCGCACCCGUUCGACCACGUACACCGGACACUACUCCCGCCGCUGAAAAGCCCGUUCAGACUCGAGAGUCGAUCAGAGUAUCAAUCACCUCGACAAAUUCGACGCCCUCGAAUGCUUCCGAGUCCAAGCCGAAGCCGUCGGACACUGCACCUCCUCGCGCGGCCGCCUCGCCCGCCGUGCCUCCAUCGACUUCGGAUGCGAAAAUGGUCGCUUCGUCGCCGCGUGUGAACCGAGCUGAAGCCUUGGAGGUCGUGGAUGCUGCAGCCCAGAAAGCGCAGAUUGGCCUCGGUGUACACGAGAAGGAGCCGCUGGAUCAAAAACAGUUCAUCAAAGCGCUGAAUGAAUUGAUCCAGGUGCGCCGUGUUCGAGGGAAACCGCUGCUGAUAGUUGAGCUUUCAGUGCUGACUCGGGAGUAUGCAUUCUUUCUCUCACAGCGACCGGCGUUCGCUACGAGUCUGUAUGCCCGAUACCUCGAAAGAUUUGAAGACGACCAUGCGACCGUGUGA